GCCAAGCAAGAAGACGAAGACCGCAUGCUAUGGUUGUUCGGAGAUUCUUCGAAUUCACGAUCUUAAAGUCAUUUGAUUCACAGCAAAUAUAGCAACAAAUAUCUCAAUUGGUAUUUUCCAAAGCCACGAAACGUGCAUUGAGUUUGGAGCGAUAUCUGAAGUGAAGAUUGAAGACGUGAUAGAAGAUGGACGACUACUGCUAUGCUAAGAUGGCGACGUCCGCUAAAAGAGAACAUGAAAGAGAAUCAGCGCCACCAACUUCCAGCAAAUCACCAACGGAGAUAAAGACGAAAGAUGAAGACGCCCAGCAGCUGAUCGGUAAUCCAGAAGAAGUUUCCCCUCAGUUAGGGGGGAGCUCCACUUUGAAGCAGGAGACUCCACAACCACCCUGCAUUAAAAAGGAAGAGGAGGAACUCUGCAUCACUCAGGAGGGAGAGUGUCUUCUAGGACGAGAGGAAGCUGAUUACACCAAGUUUCCACUGAGUAUUCUCUCUGUGAAGACUGAAGAUGAUGAAGAGAAACCACAAGUAGACAACCUCUUAGCUCCACUAUCAGAUAGUGAGGCUGAAAACGAGGUUGAAGUAACUUUGAGCAGCGAUACAGACUGUGAAGGUGAUAUGAGGACACACACUGACAACAAAAACUCUGAAUGCUCUACAAAGAAGAGAGGUAAAACAUGUUUGAGCUGUUCAAUUUGUGGUCAAAGUUUUACUAAAAAGAGCAGUUUGACUCUACACAAGAGAACACACACCGGUGAAAAACCAUUCUGUUGUUCAGUUUGUGGCAAAAGCUUUCCUCAAAAUAGCUCUUUGACUCAACACAUGAGAACACACACAGGUGAAAAACCAUUUAAUUGUUCAGUUUGUGACAAAAGCUUUUCUCAAAGUGGAUCAUUGACUCAACAUAUGAGAACACACACAGGUGAAAAACCAUUUAAUUGUUCAGUUUGUGACAAAAGCUUUUCUCGAAAUAGCUUUUUGACUGAACACAUGAUAACGCACACAGGUGAAAAACCAUUUAAUUGUUUAGUUUGUGGCAAAAGCUUUUCUCAAAAUUGGCGUUUGACUAAACACAUGACAACACACACAGGUGAAAAACCAUUUAAUUGUUCAGUUUGUGACAAAAGCUUUUGCCGAAAUAGCUAUUUGACUCAACACAUGAGAACACACACAGGUGAAAAACCAUUUAAUUGUUCAGUUUGUGGUAAAAGCCUUUCUCUAAAUUGCUAUUUGACUCAACACAUGAGAACACACACAGGUGAAAAACCAUUUAAUUGUUCAGUUUGUGGCAAAAGUUUUUCUCAAAAUAGGGAUUUGACUAAACACAUGAGAACACACACAGGUGAAAAACCAUUUAUUUGUUCAGUUUGUGGCAAAAGCUUUUGUCGAAAUAGCCAUUUGACUCAACACAUGAUAACACACACAGGUGAAAAACCAUUUAAUUGUUCAGUUUGUGGCAACAGCUUUUCUCUAAAUGGCUCUUUGACUCAACACAUGAGAACACACACAGGUGAAAAACCAUUUAACUGUUCAGUUUGUGGCAAAAGCUUUUCUCAUAAGAACUCUUUGUGGCGACACAUGAGAACACACGCUGGAGGAAAACCAUUUAGUUGUUCAGUGUGCUGUAAAAGGUUCUCGCACAAUGAAGACGUAGUUAAACACAUAAAAACACACAAGGGAAAAUAACCAAUUAGCUGUUUAGUUUGUGGUAUGUUGCUCAUAUGUGGCGACAUCCACCCUACCCAGGACCUCCUCACUGCUUCUUUCACAAAUAUCUGAGGUAUUCCUACACACUUGGAUUAUUUGGAGCAUAAUCUUAUCCACUCAUGACCCCAUGUCUUCUCUGUAUCUGAAACCUUCCUGGACAGUAAGAUAGAUGAUGCUUCAAGUGCUUGGUUACUCCUUCUUCAGUCCAGGGACCUGGGGCCUCAAGUGUCAAGUUCGUGCACGCUCAAAAACCUGCACUACACCCUUUUUCACGGCAAAGUUGAGAUGUAUCAAAACUGACGUUGACGCAUAAGUGAUGCUGGGUAACAGUUCCCACAAUGGACCACAAUGGAAACAAACCUUUUGGCUUUUUGUGCCAUCCAUUUGCCUUGUUAAAUAAUUACAUGGAUUCAAUUCUUUAAGAUGUCAAUAAACUUCUCAAUUAAUUAAUCCCAAAAAGUGCCAAUUUUUACUCCUCAAACUGAUUGAUGUGCAAAUCAGAGACAUAUGAACAAUUAACCCCCACAACCCAACCCCCACCUCCCUCGACAUUCGGGCAUAACAGGUUCAAUCUGGCCCGUGAGAUUAGUUUGUUAAGAGUAAAAGUCAGCUGCAUUUUGUUAUGACCGAAACGGCUGUUCUAAAUGUGUCCACUGGAUGUCGCAAUUUCAAUUCUGUUAGGCAAGCAAAUAGUUUGUUCCCGGGCGAGUAAGUAUACCAAGCAAGAGGUACACAGUCUUUAUUAAAGGAAUAUAUAUAUAUAUAUAUAUCAAUUAUAUUAUUGAAUAUAUAAUAUCAUAUUAUAUAACUAUAUAUAAUAUACAAUAUAAUGUGUGUGUAACCAACAGGAAAUGGGUGUCAGACUAUGUGUUUUACUGUAAAUGUUGGAGGUGUGUUGAGAGGAGCAGUGCUGUCAGACAAGGGCUAGACAGGCAGGGUUGUCCGGGGGCAAGCAAGGAGUGGAGAACCAGGAAGCACGAGGAAGACAGGGAGGAUCCAGGAGCACAAGACACACAGCUUGACUCAGGGACGCACACAAGGAACUGCGAGGUGAGGAAGGACAGGACAAUUACGCAGGGAAAACACAGAGAUCAGGCUUUGAAAAAGGCAACUAGGGAGCUUGAGACGAGCUUACGGUACGAUGUACAGGUCGCUACGUUCUGGCACUGGAUCUCUGGUAGCGGUGGUUUAAGUAGGCGUCCCCCUCAUCAGUGCAGUGGAAAGCAGCUGGGGUUAUGCGCGCGCGAGCGCUCUUGGAGGUGCGCUCAGCGCAGCUCACAGAUGAUUGCGCACUGGUGUGUGUCCGGGCCGUGACAUCCCCUCCUCGGACAAUUAUUUUACACGGGUAAGUGCGCCUUGUAUUUCUUGAAUCUCCGGCUCUUAGCUUUGUAUGGACUCAUUGAUCGUUUAGAAACUGAGUUCGGAGAGGAAGUGACGCCAGAAGGAUCGCGCCCCAAACAGGAAGUGACGUCGGAAAGCCCGCCCCACACAGGAAGUGACGUCUGAAAGAACGCGCCACAGCCGGCUUCAUAAUAAAGCGGUUCUGUAACUCGGAGCUAUCCAUCCAUCCAUCAAUUUUCUACCGCUUGUCCCUUUUGGGGUCACGGGGGGAGCUGGAGCCUAUCUCAGCUGCAUUCGAGCGGAAGGCGGUGUACACCCUGGA